AUCUCAAAGCUUACCACGUGGAGAGACGCUCGUGGUCUUACAACACAUGGUUGCUUCGGUUUGAUCAUACACUAUCAUUUCAGUGCCUCAAUCUACCAUAAAAUGAUGCUCUCACCCAAGAUGAACCGCUCUGGGAGGACGCCGUCCCAUACCAGCAUCAACACGAGACCCGAAUCUCCAGCCCAGUGCUAAAUUCCGAAGGGCGGUAUCUAAUUCCUCCGCAUUGCCUCAUCGCCCUCAUAACUACGGAUUAGGCAUUUCCACCCCAUCGAGUUUGAGGAAAUGGAUCUUGGCAGGCUUUUCGCUAAAGCCCCUCCGUGAACCGGUGCCCUCUCCUCGGGUGCAUAUCCCGUUUGUCAUAGGACCAGGCCUCACAUCUACCGCACUACGGUCAAGGAGUCAUGGCCAUCCCAUCAGCCACACUCGGGUCUUUUUUUCGUUCAUUCGUGCUAGCAUCAAACUGAACUGCCGGUUCUAGGACAUUUCCCCUGGUUCCAGUUCCUUGGGAUAUCGCCCGUGCCCAUGUUCCAUUUGGAACCGUUUAACAUCGGACCAGGCCAGGAACAGCCAAGCCACCACGACAUCCAUCUGAACCGGGAUCUUAGUCUGAUCUCUAUUCCACAAAAGGCCCACAUUUCGAACAUGGACAUCCAAACCUCAUCAAUCUGCCUCGCCAGCUCCAAGCAUAGCAGUUCUCCGUUCGGCCUCCGCUACCUUGAUUCAGGGCCCAAGUCCCUCGGUGGUUCUCAAAUCUCGCCCAGAUAUGGCGAACCUGUGGAGUACACCAUUCGCCGCAUUUCUGUUAUCGAGUCUAGUCUGAUGGCUUGACUGAAGGUGGCAAGACGACCAGACAGCCAUAUCACCCCUACCUCGACUAACGUCCUCAACACUCGGCAGACCUUGGUGGCUGUUCCAAUCCGGUCACCUUAUGGGGUGCCUCGCCUUUUCCAACUAUAUUCUAGAAAAUCGUCGUCUUCUCACCGCCUCAAGAGCUGGCAGAUGUGUUGCUACACGGGAGAUGUUCCAGGCUUCGCCUUUGAUCAGAUGAGCAGCCUUCACCUCCCCAGUUCCACAAAAUCAAACACUUCCUCUCUAACACCGUGUCAACAGCUAACAUCAGUAGUUUCGAUCAAUAGACGUCUUCUAGUGCAACUUUCAGCCCUUCAGCUGAAAAAAAUAGCACAGGGACCUCAGGUCUCACCGCCAGAUAUCUGAUGACCGAGGAGAGACCAGCAUCACACCAGCAUUCCCGGUUUUCCCUCGUAAAGAGCAGCCAUGUCCCGUCAAGAGAUUUCCGCCCAAGGCACAACUGCUCAUGCCUAAACCCGAGAUUGGUGACAUUUUUCAUUCCUAGCUUUUCAGACACUCCACCUACAACCCCAACCCUUAACCCGGCGAACCACUUACACACGUUCAAACUCCCUUGUUUGAAAGUUCGCGGACAGGUGCCCCGCAAAAAUGGACCCCUCUUGAUGUGUCCCAUUGCACUGUUGUAAGUCUGUCUCUUGCUUACCGCUUUUUUGACGUGUCAUUUGAGGUGACCUCGGUCGGAAAAGGCACACACCUCAAGGUGAGAUAAGGUCGAGUGCUGUUGAAACGAGCCUCACCGAGGGAAAGUGUGGCUGGUUAGUUUUGCUUGUGAAACUGUGGGGAAUGAGACUGAGCUGCGGGAGCAUGAAAUUAUGAAUGUGUAGCAGUCCCCAAUAUGGAGGUGACAGGCCGCUUUGUGUAACCGUGGGCUCUGAGUAUGAACACAGAUAGGAUGGGAAGUUCAAUUAGCCGCCUCAGCCACGAUUGCUC